AGAGCGAGAACUACAGAUCGAUUUUAGAAUAUAUUUUAAUUACGUAGUUAGAUCCGAGAUCUAAACCAGACACCAGGAUGCCCGAGGACGUGAUGGUGCCCGCGGGGGACUACAAGCUGGUCAAGCAGUUCCGCAGGGAGCAGGAGAAGCGGCGCAAGAAGGACCUUCCGUGGUCGAAGCGGAUCUUCGACAUAGACGAGCAUACGCUGUUUGGUCGUACUGCCUGGGCUUGGUUUCGGAUCGUGGGCUUCUAUCUGGUCCUGUACAGCAUAAUAAUACUUAUAGUGGCCUUUUGGAUUGGCAUCUUCAUGCUGGCGAUCAUCGAUCCGCAUAAACCGCGCUGGUUGAAGGGUCCGCCGGGUCUGUCGAUGGUGCCCUAUAAUUCCUCUGCGAUCUCCUUCUACGAGCACCUAAUGGGCGAGGUCAUCCCAAUCGCAGACGGCAUCGACGCAUUUUUGAACAAACUUAACGACGAUGCCAUUGAGUUCUUCAACGAGUGCAACCAGGACGAAAUGUGGGGCUACGUAUCGCGGCAGCCGUGCGUCUUCAUCAAGCUGAACAAGGUGAUUGGGUUCCAGCCGGAAACAUACGACACUCAGGACGAUCUGCCCAAGGAGGUGCCCUCGGGCCUUGACGAAACUCUGAGGAAGUACGGCCCCACGCCGAAGAUCUGGAUCACCUGUGAGGUGACCAAGGGACCCCAGCCGGAGAUAGUGUUCUUUCCGGGACCCUACUACGAGGCCUCCGAGAAGAUGACGGGCGUGCAGCGCGUGGUGGCCGUCCAGAUGAACAAUAUGCCCACCAAUUCCGAGGUCCACUUCAGCUGCAAGGUCUGGGCCCGCAAUAUUCCCAUUGAUAAUAAGUUCCAGGGCAAGGGUCAACUCAAGUUCGCCAUGCACGUGCGAGUGGAUACUGCCAUGGAGAGAGCUGAUCCUCCAGCCGAAAUGAACACCACAGCUGCCUCAGUGGUCACUGUUCCUAUGGCCACCCAACCGGAGAUCAAACCCGAAGAUCGUCGCGGUGGAUUGGAAUUGCCCCCCGCACCGCCCAAAGAGGACGACGCGAAGGAUAGAAAUUUGGAUGAAGCCAAGGCCGAGCCUAUGACGGAGCCACCAAGCUAAAUGAAUUGAAAAGAAUCUCUUAAAAACCAUGCUAGUUAUUCAUUUGAACAGAGCUCUUUUUGAAACAGGGAUCCAAAUUAAUGUGUGCCAUGUACUGUUCUAAAAAUCAUUGUCUGUAUAACUAUUCC